AUGAUGUUUUGGGCCAAUUUCUAUAUGCACCCUCAAAUCUUCCGAAAGAGUGGCAAUAUGGGUAAACAAUUUGGUGCACUAGCCCAGACUUGCAGAGAUGUUGAAUCAUGGGUUGCCAAACGAGUUAUGGAUGAAGAAUUGCCCGAGAUAUCAAACAGUCUAUGUCACGACUAUUCAAUGACAUACAUGAAGAAGAUCCCAGACAGGGUCAAGGUUGAUUUUGCUCAUGUUUACCAUGGUCUGCCUGCAUCUGAUGCAAACAUGUUUACAGUCAUGCGUGCCAUGAUGGUGAAAGCCAGCCAGGAGAACCCUGUUGAAGACAAAAAUCUCAAUUACAUGAUAAAGUAUGCUAGAUCAUUCGAUUUGGUUCGUGCAGCUGCUAAACACAAGGACCGACUUCUUGGAUUCGUUUAUGAUGCUGAAACUGGAGAACAGGUCAAUCACAAAAACUUCCCAAGAUGGCUAACCACAAGCUUUGCAGGCAUCCCAACAAAGCCCCCGGACAAUGAACUAGGCAAAAUUACAAUCAAGAACUUCUUCCCACAGCUCUAUAAUAUUAACAACUGGUAUCUAGAUGCUCGCGAUGUAACUUAUGUCAAUGAUAUGGCCGGAGCAUGCGCAUCUGUAAGACACGAGGAAAAUGAGUUAAUGUAUGCAUUACAGAAUGGCAGGAUUAUGUCCCAUGUUAUCCAACCUGCUCAAGUCAUCAAGGCGUGUAAUGAAGGCAAGAGUGCAACCACCUGGGUACCACAGGCCACCCUUGCAGCAAAGAAGGAAAACACUAAAUUUGGUGAAAAAGCUGGCGAACGUGAACUGAGAGGCUUAUUUGAACAAAUUUCAGAGAUCAUGUCUCAAGCUGCCGCAUCAGUCACUAAGGGUAUGGAUCCAUUGGCUGCUUAUUUCCAUGCUGUGUUCCUUUGCUUUACGAUCAUGGUUUAUUAUGGCGAUUGGAAAAACACUAAGACAUAUGAGAGUAUUUAA